GCGCCUCUUGCCUAUCAAUUUCCCACGGAAUUUAUGAUAAAACACCCCGAAUUUCACUCUCGCGCAUGAGAGAGAGAAACUCUCCGUCAAACUCCCAUUCGACGUACGCACACUUCGCAUUGUGUGUAUUUAUUUUGAUAAGCGCUGUCGAGUCAGCUGUCAAGUCGCUGCGAAAAAGAGCUCAUUUCUGUGUUUGGUCACCGUGAAAGCGAAGCUCUUGAACUUGACCGGAGGCUCUCUUAUCGCAGUCCGUCGUGGUAAAAUUGUCUCGCGUGCACAGUCGCGAUAAAGUCUCCUCCUUUUGACGAUGGCGACACUUCCGCCCCGGAAAAAUCCAACCCCCACGAAGAUCUCCAAGCAACACCUGUCGCCCCUGCAGACGCUGCUGCAGAUGGGCUUCCCCAAGCACAGGGCGGAAAAGGCUCUGGCCGCCACGGGGAACAGGGAUGUGCAGCUGGCCUCGGACUGGCUUCUCACACACGUGAAUGAUCCUUCGCUGGACGAGUGCUCGCCCAGGGAGUACAUCUUGUACGCCUGCCCAACAGGACACUUCCUGGAGCAGCUGCACGACUUCUGGGCCAAAUCCAAGGAAUUGUGCGGCUGGAACGGAGCCCACAACUUCACUCCUCACAUCACGCUGGUCUCCUUCUUCAAGGCUCCGGAUGAGUGUGCUCCUCAGCUCUCCCGCGCCCUUAAGCAGGUGGUUGAACAGGCGGCCGCCAAUCUGGAUCGCCCGCUGAAGCUUGAGCUGUACACAAGCCACAACUUCAUGGGCUUCUUUGUGGCCGAGGAGGACGCCAAUUACCUCAACCGUCUGGCACUGCAGUACGUGAAGGAAGUGUCAAACUCAAUUAUCAGCGACACGUACGAGCAGCUGGACGCGCUGGUGGCGUGUUUUCCGUGGUGUGGCGGAGUCACAUCCGGGGCACGGUGCAUUCCGCGCAGCAGCAGAUCCAUUUCCCUGGAGCCGCACGUGAAGUCACUCCACCUGACGCUGGCUUAUCAAUUCCCGGAUGCUCAAUUCAACGCCCUGAAGGCACUCGUGGACUCACUGGAUCCCGCCUGUGCGUCCGGAUGGGAAUUGAGACUGUACUCGAGAGACGCCAGACUCGCGACCAAGCAAGUGCACAAGAUUCUCUAUCCUCACACGCCACGUGAGCCCGACGAGCUGGAGCUGAUGAUUGGGGAUUACAUCUACCUGAGCAGCGAUGCUCUGCAGAACAGCUCCGAUGGCUGGGUGGAGGGCAUCUCCUGGCUGACCGGCAUGAAUGGUUUCCUGCCUGAGAACUACACCGAACGCACGGCGGAAUCCGAUGCCUGGACUAUGCAUCGCACGGUGCAGCUCUGCAAGUGUCCAGCCAUUGUGGACACGCCCAUGGACGAGCCGGAGCCGUCGAAUGGCAAGGCGGAGCAGCAGGACAACUCCUCAGAGAGCACAGCUCCAAUUGAGGACGUCGCGGUGACCAAGGAGAAUUCUGUGCCAGAUCUCUACGGUGCGGAUGUGUCGCAGGCCUUCCAGCAGAUGGUCAGCAAAGUCACCAACGCGUCGAUCCUGUCCGAGGCGGUGGACAAGAGUGCCAAAGUGACUCAGGAGGUCUCCGGACGCGGACGGAGGAUCUUCGUGAUGCGACACGGCGAGAGGGUGGAUUUUACCUUCGGCUCCUGGAUUCCCUAUUGCUUCGACGAGUUCGGGAAUUACAACCGGAAAGACUUGAACAUGCCCAAGGUGCUGCCGCGGAGGAAAAAUGUGAUGCUGGGCUGGCAGAAGGACUCGCCGCUGACCAAUGUCGGUGUCUAUCAGGCCACGCUGAUUGGCGAGGGAUUGCGAGAGGCGGGCAUCAACUUCACUCACGUGUACGCGUCGCCGUCUUAUCGCUGCGUCCAGACAGCCACUGGCGUGCUGGAAGGGAUGCACCUCAAGGAUUCACUGCCCAUCAAUCUGGAGCCGGGAUUCUUUGAGUGGCUCGCCUGGCACGCCCACUCGGGCGACAGUGUUGUGGAGUGGUGCACGCGUCAGGAGCUCACGGACGCCGGCUACAACGUCGCGAUGGACUACCAAGCACUCAUCCCGACGGAUCAGCUGCACAACCACUUCGAGGAGUCACUGCAUCAGUUCUACGCGCGCAAUGACCGAAUCACGCGCGAGAUCAUCAAGAAGACCACGGGAGACGUGCUGAUUGUGGGUCACGCCAUCACUCUGGACGCCUGCACGAGAGAUCUGUGCGCCAAGCCGCCCAGGCAGUCAUCGGAGCUCAGCAAGGUCAUGCAGAAGGUCUCCUACUGCAGUCUCGUGGCCACUGAACAGGUGGGCGAGAACGAGUGGCGCGUGACUGAGCCGCCGUGCUAUCCAGUCACGCACACCAACAACCAGCGCUUCGACUGGAAGCUCCUCUCAGGAUAAAUGCCCUCCCCCGACAUUCCCGCCCAUGGCGCGCGUCGCAAAAGACUCCGGAAAUAGCAUUACUAUAAUAGACUCACAUCACGGAACGGGGGGUUCAAUCAGCAACUGGUGGAAGUGGGAAAAUUCCAUAAAAUCAUGGUUAAGCCAUGAAUUUCCCAUCUUAAUUUAUCGGAAGAUAUUUUCUUAGACCAAAAUCCGUGAAAACAUCACAUUUUUCAUCAAUAAAAGGAGGAGAUAAUUUGGUCUGAAAUUGAAGAGUUAAAAUACUUGCUAUAUUCGUUUCGAUAAAACUUUGAUUUUGUGCUUAAUUGUUUUUAAUGGCAUUUCAAAGUAUCUUUUAAUGUUGUAUUUUCAGGUUAUUGUCGAAAAAAAUACCCAAAAUGAGGUUUUAAGUUGAUUUAUAUAGUCAUAUCGACUUGAAACUAAAGAAAUAAUAAUUUCUCCCUUGCAACAGUUGUUGAUUGAACCGUCUAAUUACUUGCCUCUCUCAAUAUUUUGCCACGAUAUCAAGAGGACAGCGCAUGAAGUGUUCUCGAAUCGCCAACCAGUAUACGCUAUCAAGUGAAUUCUAACACAUUCAAAGAGUACAAUAAAUGUAACAAUAAUUAUCAAUGUAAAAUCACAGAAAUUUUGGCUGAAAAGCGUCUCAAAAAAAAACUCGUCGCCUCUCAAAAAUAAGAGGUGAAAAAAAUUUUAACACUUAAGACAAUUAUAAUUGGUGGAAUAUUUUUCUGAAGAAAAAUCAUAUAAUGAAUUUACUAAUUUUUAAAUGUUCUUUUUUCUCUCUCUGAUAUUAUUAUGAUGAUGAUAAAUGUUGAGAAAUUGCGCUCGACGGCAAUCGUGAAAGCAAAACAAGCAAAGGUGAUUUUAAUGCUCUUAAGAAUUAUACUUUUUCCGAGUUGUAAUUCUUUAAGCCACAACAUAAAGUUUCUCUGGGAAAGAAGUCGCCGCGCGGCGACUCGUGAUUUUUUUUCUCUAUAAACAUUAUUAAACAAUUUUAGACACUCUUUUCAAAGGUCUCUUUCUUCUUUCCUGUGUUGAAAACACACCCACGCGCAAGUUGUGUAAAACUACAAAUUGUGAAUGAUUAUGGAAUUAAUAAAGAGUUUCACAU